GGGGGCCGGGUGAUAUCAUCGCCCCGGGAAGGCCGCCUCUGGGUUUAAGUUGUUAGGCAAACAGGGAAGCUGCUGAGCUGCUCGGGGUCCGUCGCUCGCCUGGGCUGGGUAGACCGGAGCGAGGGGAGACGUGCAGCGACCGAGAGGGGCUUGCGCAGCUAGGCAAAGCUGACCGUCGAGGCUCCUGCUCUUGCAGCAGCCACCCACGCCUUGGAUCUAAUACAGUCGACCUGCGCCUGUCACUCUGGCCCGGCCCGCGAGUCCGUCGGCAGCCUGGUGAUUUAUUCAUGGUCGGCGCGGUCCGCCGCGGGAAUCUACGGCGGAGGGUGCCUUCGCUCUUCUUCGGAGUUUCUCCUGCUUUCGCCCACAGAGGCUCAUGCGACGGGGCGGCCGCCCGUCGGGAGGAGGUGGAGGAGGAGGGCAGCGACGGCGGGGGUCAGCAGCGUCGCCUUGAGAGCCGAGCAGGGCUGCCUACUGCGGGAGAAGUGAAACUGACACAGUGAAACUGACAAGGAGGCGGCGGAGGAGCUUCUCCGACCGCGUCUCCCGCGCCGAGGGCUGCGCCUCUGUCCACACACGUAGCGCGCACAUCCACACCCAGUGUGCAGCCCCCGGCAGCUCGGGCUGGCUCCCGCAGCCCGAUGAACUGCCUGAAAGAGCCGCUGAGACUGGAGCGGCUGGUAGCCGGGAAUAAACUGUGCUGCUCCACCUCCCCUUCCUCCGCUUCCUCCACCUCCUCCUCCGCCUCUUCCUCCUCCUCCUGCCACCACCACCACCAGCAGCAGCCGGCCCUGGUCAUGGCUUCAGCCCUGACCCCCGGCCAGCCGCGCUCGGCCUUGGAUUCUGCCAAGCACCGGCUGGAGGUGCACACCAUCUCCGACACCUCUAGCCCCGAGGCCGCAGAAAAAGACAAAAGCCAGCCCAGCAAGAAUGAGGACGCGGGCGCCGAGGAUCCGUCCAAGAAGAAGCGGCAGCGGCGGCAGCGGACGCACUUCACCAGCCAACAGCUCCAGGAGCUGGAGGCCACUUUCCAAAGGAACCGCUACCCGGACAUGUCGACUCGGGAGGAGAUCGCCGUCUGGACCAACCUCACCGAGGCCAGAGUCAGGGUUUGGUUCAAGAACCGCCGGGCCAAGUGGCGGAAACGCGAGCGGAAUCAGCAGGCGGAGCUGUGCAAGAACGGCUUCGGGCCGCAGUUCAACGGGCUGAUGCAGCCUUACGACGACAUGUACCCGGGCUAUUCCUACAACAACUGGGCCGCCAAGGGCCUGACGUCGGCGUCGCUCUCCACCAAGAGCUUCCCCUUCUUCAACUCCAUGAACGUCAACCCGCUCUCGUCGCAGAGCAUGUUCUCGCCGCCCAACUCCAUCUCGUCCAUGAGCAUGUCUUCCAGCAUGGUGCCCUCGGCGGUCACCGGCGUGCCCGGCUCCGGCCUCAACAGCCUGAACAACUUGAACAACCUGAGCAACCCCUCCCUCAACUCGGCCGUGCCCACACCCGCCUGCCCGUACGCCCCGCCGACCCCUCCUUACGUUUACCGGGACACGUGUAACUCUAGCCUGGCGAGCCUGAGACUCAAAGCUAAGCAGCACUCCAGCUUCGGCUACGCCAGCGUCCAGAACCCGGCCUCCAAUCUGAGCGCCUGCCAGUACGCCGUGGACAGGCCCGUGUGAGAGAGAGACAGGAAGGCCUGCCGCCUUUCGUCCCUUGUUUUGUUGUUGUUGUGGUUGCGUUCAGAAAACAAACAACUCCCCCCCACCCAUUAAAAACAAAACAAAACCCAGAGACACAGGAACAAGCAGGCGCACAAUUCUGAAUGGACGAGGGAGGAGGCCUCGCUUCCGCAAUCAAAAGACUUGAACGUUCGAAUCCAAAGUAAAUGGGCACUAAUGGAACGGGAGAUGGAAACAGCGGAGUGACUUCGGAAUUGAGACAAAAUGUAAACCAGAAGGAGAAGGGUUAGGGAGAGGCACAAGAGAUACCACUGAAACUAGCGAGUCCCUUUGUUUUCAAAGGAUAUUCUCCUGCUACCUUUCACUGAAGAAGAAAAAAGUAUUUCCAACAUCUACAAGGACAUAUAUUAUAAAUAUAUAUAAAAUACGGACAAACGUUUGAAUCGCUAUACUAUGACAUUUUAAUGUUCCUAUAAGCUUGUUAUUUUUUAUGUUUAGCAUUGUUAACAUUAAAAUUAAAAAAAUGACGGGAAAGGAUGUAUAUAUAUAUCGAAAUGUCAAAUUAAUUUUAUAAAAGCAGUUCUUAGUAAAUAUCCACAGUGUUUUUAAAAGUUAGGCUUUAAAAUAAAGCAUGUUACACAAGACAUUAGGGAUUUCUUUUCUUUUUCUUUUUUCCGCUUGCGAGCAAGGGAAUGUAUAUACUAAAUGCGAGACUGUAUGUUUCUAACAUAUUAUUAAUUAUUAUUAUUAAAAAAAGAAGAAGAAGAAGUCCCAUUGUGUGAAUAUCGGUUUUAGAAUAGUACCUCUGGUGGAUGCAAUGGCGACGCUGAAACUGCAAUGUAAACAUACCCUGUGUAUAACAUUUCGUAUAAUAGUGUUUUCCUUUUCUGACAACAUUGGAAAAAAAUGUGUUUUCUUUCAUGGGAGUAAAAUAUACUGCAUACA